GUCGGCCCAAUGAGCGCCGACGAGGGCCGAGCCGUGCCGAGCCGAGGCGAGCCGAGGCGAGCCGAGCGGAGCCGAGCCGAGCCGAGCGGGGGAGGUUUGGGGCUGAGGGAGUGUUGUAGCGAGCGGGUUGCCGUCAUGGCCGCGGGAUCGUUAGGUCGCCGGCCGCCUGGCGCGGUGGCGCCGCUCUCUUGGGAAAAGUCGCCCGCCAGGAGUUCUCCGCCAACGUUAUCCGCGAGGAGGAGCCGUUGUGGACGAGGAGCCGCUCCCCAGAAGGCCGUUGUGAGGUUAUCCGGAGCAGAAGAUUGUGGCGCACCUCUUCUUGGCCGUUUGAUGAUUGAUGGCGAGAAGUGUGCUGCUAACCUGGGCCUGACCAAUGGAUUCCGGAUGGCUGUGAGAUACCCACCCUCAGCCCCUUCAGACUACCGCGCACGUCUCUGUAUUCUGGGUGGCCGUCAGUUGGGCCGGCCUCCUGGCUAAGAUGUUUGCACCGCAGGAGUUGCUGCACGCGUACGGAUCGCCACCGAAUGGAUUUCACGUGUUGCCCGUCAGCCUAGCCACCGUUGACAUAUAAUUGUUUUUGGUGGGUGUCUGUGGAGGGUAAUGAAAAGCUUUGAGCAGCAUUUGCACAAUAAAGAUGGAGCAUGGGGAUAUCA